CCAUUAAACCUCUCAUUCCCUCUCCUUCCAAAUUCCACCACAAAAUUUCUCUCUCUACCUUCAUUCCACCAUCCAUGGCUCUUCAGUUACGCGUACCUUUGAAUCCUACCUCCACCAUUCAAUCACCUCCUUCAUGGAGACUCAAGUAUGGAACUAUCAGCCAAACCGAUGACAAUCGGCCUGUAUCAAAGAUAUCAAGAGGUCUCACCGGCGGCGGUAAUCGGAUCGUUAAAGUUCGAUCCAGCAUUGAUACAGCUUUUCCGACGGUAGGACAAGUCACAGAAGUCGAUAAAGACACUUUCUGGCCUUUAGUAAAAGCUUCCGGCGAUAAAACCGUCGUUCUUGAUAUGUACACUCAAUGGUGUGGACCUUGUAAGAUUAUAGCACCGAAAUUUAAAGAGUUAUCUGAGAAGCAUCUUGAUGUUGUGUUCAUGAAACUUGAUUGUAACAAUGAAAACAGGGCAUUGGCGAAAGAACUUGGAAUUAGAGUGGUUCCUACAUUCAAAAUUCUGAAGAACAGUAAGGUUGUGAAAGAAGUUACUGGUGCAAAAUUGGAUGAUUUAGUUGCUGCAAUUGAGAUAGUAAGAUCAUCCAGCUAGUUGUAUGAUAUGAUAGAUAAAUAUGUAAUCUAUUGUUGUUGUUGAUGAUGACAGUUAAUCUAUGAUCAAUCCUACCAUGAUUAAUUUAUGGUUUUGUUGUAUUUGUAAAUUGAAAUUAUAAUUGGAGAAUUUCAAUUUGAA